AUGUCAUCGCCAGGUAAAGCCUCGGUUCUGCUAAUCGGGAGCGGCGGCGUCGGUACCAUGGCCGCAUAUGCUUUGGAGACUGGUGGCCGAGCUGAAGUCACCGCCGUGUGUCGCUCCAAUUAUGAUGCCGUCAAGACCGCUGGAUUCUGCAUCGAUUCUCUAGAUCAUGGUCAAGGUAUUAAAGGCUUCAAACCAACGCAUAUCCUCAGUCAUGUGCCAAAUGUCCAACAAAGUGGAUCUCAGUACGAUUUCCUGGUGGUGACCACGAAGAAUAUUCCAGAUGUGAAGCCGACUGUCUUGGAUAUCAUCGAGAAAGCCGUCACUCCGGGCGUGACAGCGAUUGUUCUGCUACAGAAUGGACUGAACAUUGAGAAGCCCAUUGUGGAGCGUUUCCCAGAAAACGUGGUACUCUCUGGUGUAUCUUUGAUCGGAGCGACAGAGUUCAAGCUGGGCUCAAUCAGACACGAUGACCGCGAUAGAGGGAAGCUGGGUCCCUUUCCUGGACAGCAAGUCGAUGCACAGCUUGCGGAAGCCAGAGGCAAGGAGUUUGUCGAAAUGUAUACUGCAUGCGGAAAAGUCGAUUGGGCGUAUGAUGAGGAUGUAAACUUCACUCGAUGGCGGAAGUUGGUCUACAACUCGACAUUCAACCCAGUCUCGGCAAUCUUGGGGAUGGAUACUGCGAGAAUGCGCAUGUCAAGAUCCAUUAUUGAUGACCUCGUCAAGCCAGCAAUGCUGGAAAUUGUGGCCAUUGCAAAAGCAGCUGGCGUGGAUUUACAAGACAGUGUCGUUCAAGAAAUCAUUACUGUAGAUCCUACAGACACAGCUUUCAUGCCCAGCAUGGGUCAGGAUGCCGCCAAGGGUAACUUUAUCGAAAGCGAGACUAUCGUGGGCGAGCCUCUUCGGGAAGCCGAGCGAUUGGGCGUGCCUGCGCCGACUUUACGAACAAUCUAUGGAUUUCUCAGAGGCAUUCAGCUGAAAGCGAAAGAAUCGAGAGGACUUUGGGAGCCGAAGUUUGAACCUGACAAUCCAUACGCCUGA